ACUGGACAGAUGGGUUUCGGCUUAGAGGAUAUUUCUAUCGUCUGUGUUCAGUUUCUGUUUCAUCAUCUUAGUUUCUGAAUCGUCCAUCUGUCAUGCAGAGCUGCCGUUUCAGACUGCUUGUUGCUGAGAACAGGAAACUUGAGAGAAAGGAAGCGGAGUUUUGCUGAGGGAUUGGGGGAAGUUUUUCAACAUCUGGAAUCAUGGGAGUGAAUGAUCUGUGGCAGAUUUUGGAGCCUGUUAAAGAAUAUGUUCCAUUGCAAAGUCUUAAGGGGAAAACGUUAGCUGUGGAUAUGAGUUUAUGGGUCUGCGAGGCUCAAACGGUGAAGGGUAUGAUGGGAACAGUGAACAAGCCGCAUCUCAGGAAUUUGUUUUUCCGCAUUUCAUAUCUCACUUUGAUGGAUGUGAGACUUGUCUUUGUGGCGGAAGGUACUGCACCAAAACUGAAGGCUGACACAAUGAGUAAACGGAAUGAGAUGCGACAUGGUGGGACCAGGAAGCCAGGAAGUUGUACUGUUCAGACUGGAAGAUCCCGUUUUAAAUCUGUUCUUAGAGAGUGUUGUGAAUUGCUGGAUUAUUUGGGUAAUCCAUGGGUUUGUGCCGCUGGUGAGGCUGAAGCUAUGUGUGCCUAUCUGAAUGAAAAUGGAUAUGUUGAUGGUUGCAUCACCAAUGAUGGUGAUGCUUUCCUAUACGGUGCUCAGACUGUGUACAGAAAUUUGACAAUAAACACAAAGGAUCCUCAUGUGGACUGCUACAAAAUGUCAGCAAUAAAAUCCCAGUUAGGCCUUGACCGGGAUGCAUUAAUUGGAUUGGCAAUUCUGCUUGGAUGUGACUACCUUCCAAAAGGAGUUCCAGGGGUUGGGAAGGAAUUGGCUUUGAGGUUGGUUGUGACAAUGAAUGGGCAGAGUCUGCUUCAAAGGUUUAAGCUAUGGAAAAGAGAGUUUGAUGAAACUGCUGGUACUCAUGAUUCCAUUGUUAAAAAGAAAGCACACUGCUCAUUGUGCCAACACUCAGGAUUCGCUGGGAAGCAUGCAACCAAAGGUUACCAGUUGUCUCUGAGUGACCAGUCUUGUUUACUGCAUAGCAAUGUCUACCAAUGUCCUUGUGAUUGUCAUCAGGCAGAGGAGAAGAGGAAAAACAACUCUCUGGAGAACAUCAUCAAAAAAAAAGCCACAGCUUGUGAGUAUUUUCCAUUCGAAGAGGUGAUCCAAGAAUUUCUUAUCAGCAAAGAACAGCCAAUUCAAAAAGCUCAGUGGAGGCGUCCAAAGCUGUUACUACUUCAGAAUUUUGUUCUGGAUAAAAUGGAAUGGCCUAGACAUUACACAUGCGAAAAAGUGCUGCCAUUACUUUCACAUUACGACAUGACGGAGAGAAGACUAGGUAAAAAGGACACUGGCCACUUACAGCCUGUAAGAAUUGUCAAAAUAAGAAUCCGGAAUGGGAUUCCAUGCUUUGAAAUUCAGUGGGAAAAACCAGAACACUAUGUUUUCUCAAAUGAACAGUCUGAAGAUUCUCAGAAUACUGUGACAACCAUUGAGGAGCAACUUUUGUUUGGAACGGCGUAUCCAGACAUUACUGCUCAAUUUCAUAGAGAGAAAGCUGAAGGAAAGGAGAAGAAGCAUCAAAAAAGUAAAAAUAAGAAAAGAGACAGAGCAGUACCAGUGCCUGAUGAAAUCUCGCAAUUAAUGUCAAGGAUGAAUUUACAACCUCUUCAUAAAGGUUUGGCUGCAAAAGUGGAACCUGGUCCAAAAAGUUCAGGUCAACAAACAAAUCCCUCCAGCUACACAUAUAUGAGCUCUUGUGUUAAAGUUUCUACUGAUUAUUCUGUGUUGCCCGAAGAAUUCUGGAAGGAAUCUAAAGAAAUAAUUUCCCAACCUGCAAAUCAUCAGAGUGCAGAAGAUGAAAAAUCUGACAAUGAGACUUUAUUUCUCAGAGCAUCAGAAAAUAGGAUGAGUCCCUCUACUACUUCCCCAUCAGUAUCUUCACUGGUUGCAGAGCUGCAUUUAAGUGACAUUGACUGGAAUCAAUCAUUUAGUACACCACAUUCAGAGUGUACUCCUACAAUACAAAGUGAUACUUCUGAACAAGUUCCAUUAGUGACUAGUGCGAAUUGUUGUGUUCCCAUUAGCUCUUCCAUCAAAUUAACAGAGGAUGAGGCAUCGAAGGAAAACAUUGCAGACCCUUCUCAGGAGUGUGUUCGAAAAAACAUGGAGCUAUUUCAUGAGGAUACAUUUAUGUUGCAGGAUUUUGAUCAGCUGCCUUUAAAAGAACGAAUUCUAUUGAAGAAUUCAUGCCAAUUUAUAACUUUGCCUCAACCAAAUUUUAAUUCUCGCGAAAACAACUUCUUGCUGUGUUCUACUUCUGUUCAAGGCGAUUUGCCAUCUGUUGGAGAACAUACUGAGUCUCUUGUUGAAGAAGAACUCGCAAAUAAUUUUAAAAAAAAGAAGCUGACCAGGACUGUGUUUUCAGAAACUCAGGAGGCAGGAAGUGAAAGUUACUCGUCUGAUAAAGCUGCUGGUCAUCAUACCAGGUCAUUGACUGUACCUGAAAAGAAGAUUUUAAAAGAUUCAAUGAAAAGGUUUGUUGGAACUCGUGAUCCAACUGUGUUUUCAAACCAAAUUUCAAAGCUAGCGAGCUCCUCCUCUACAGUGGAAAAGAACAAAUUAAGCAAACAGCUCAAAAUGAAACGAGCGAAUGGGAGUGGAUCAACAGUUGCAACAAGUGUGUGUUGCAACAUGUAUCUGUCUAGUGAAGAUAGUGAUACAGAGAAUUCAAUAAUUAGAAAGCAAAGACGAGGCAUCAGAUUAAGAGCUGAGAAGAACACGCUGAUCCCAUUCUGCUCUUCAAAACUGGAUCAACCUCAACAGAACAAGUCCAGGCCUAUCUCUGGUAGAAUUUGUAGCAUAAACAAUCAGGCUGAAACAGUUAAUGUUAAUAUUGUAGGGAAAAGUGCCCAAUUACAAUUAAUGGCCAAGGACAGUAAAGAUGAUAAAUCCCAGAAAAAUACUUUAGAAACUAAAAUACAUAGAGGCAACAAUGCCAUUCUGCUGGAAUCACCAUUGAGAGGUCUGGAAAAUUACAAGCAUUUCAAUGUUGAUGAGGAUUCCAUUAUAGUAAUAAGUGACAGUCCUCUUCCACUUUCUGAAAGGCUGAAUCUUUGUCUCCAGAGUAGUUGAUUUGUUAUUCAUGUGCAGAAAUUUCAGAACAGUCAGAUAACACCAUGUUUGAUUGUGUAAGAUGUCUAACCCAUAAAUGUCUAUUGUUUCAUCUCGCUUUCAGCAGCACUACAAACUGUUAGUCAAUUAAGAAGUUUUCUAGCAUGCAGGUUUUAAAAAUCUUAAAAUUAUGCUUAGCUUUCCAUAUUAUUUUCCACUCCACUUGUAGUUAAUAAUGCACAGACUGAUUUGCAUUUUCAUUUAUAGAGCUAAGUUCUAAGUAUAAGUAAUUUCAAGAAGCUAGUUUAAAUAUUUCACUUGCAUUGGGAACAUUUUAAUCCCCUCUCAGCCCUUCGUUCCAUUCAUUUUAUUGUUUCUUUAAGCAGAAUGAAACCCACUUGGAUUAAGGUUAAAGAUAAUAAAGGAUCGCUCCUUGAUAAGUUUGGUCUACAAAUAAUAGUGGGAUAAUGCAUGUAGACAAUUUUGGUAAAUGAAUUUUUUAAAAAAUAGAAUAUUAAUUACUGGAGAUUCAGAACACCCUAGUGUUUAUUGCAUUUUCCCACAGUUCAAAGAUAUACUGGUUAGUAGGUUAAUUGGUCAUUGUGAAGUUGUUCUGUGAUUAGACUAGAGUUAAAUUGGUGGACUGCUGGGCAGCGACAUUCAGUGAGCUGGUGAGCUGGUGAGCUGGAAGGGCUUGCUCUCCACGCUGUAUCUCUAAAAUAAAAUUUUAAAAUAAAUGGAGAUGUGGAAAUAGAGUUUCUGCAGUCAAUAGCUUACUACUCACCCAAAGGAAGAUUAACUAUUUUAUCCAUUAAUAAAGAAUGAAGCAGAGGAGAUGGAAGUUGUGGAAAUGUACUUGUUGUAGUAACAAAAUGGCAUUUUUAGCUGUAACAACAUGGAACUUCUAUCGUACCAGAGUGCUUUGCUAAUAACGUUUGUUCCAUCAGCAUAAUGUUGCACCUGAGCCCUUGACAAACUGAAGACCAGCAGGUGUGCUGCUGGAAAAAUGCCAAGUGCAGUGAAUGCACCCUUUCCUUGAACUGAGGUGUGGAUAGCUGUACCUGUGUAUAAAGGAGUGACUAAGCUAUCUUUGGGAGCUAUCACUGGUGCUUGUGUGGUGAUUGUCUUCCCUUGCUGCAAGUAAAA